ACAAAACCCUAAGAGCAUCUCAGUUGAGUUCCACUUGGUCUAUCUCACUCUCUCUUUGAAAAAUCCCAAUGGCCAAGAAACUUUUGAACCCUCUUGAAGAUCCACCAACCGCUUCUUCAAGCGACGAUGAAGAAGUUGAGAUUUCAUCUGAAGAAGACGAAGAACAGAUCUCCAAUUCUUCUUCUAAAGAUGAAGAUCCCGCCACAACUCCCUCCACUAAAACCCUAAAAUCUCCUUCCGCUGCCGCUCCAAGUCCCGAUUCUGGUUCUGAGACGGAUUCUGACUCAGAUAAGCCACAUGUCUUCACCAAGAAGAAAGAAACUACUGAUUCACCGGCAGUGAAAUCAGGGAAGAAGCGAGCUAGUGAAGGAACCACCUCGAAGGACAAGAAUGUCAAAAAAGCUAAGAAGGUUUCAGGAGACGACGAUAACAAAAAGCCGCGUUUUCAGAGAUUAUGGACUGAAGAAGAUGAGAUCUCUCUGUUACAAGGCAUGAUUGAUUUCAAAGCUGAGACAGGUACAAGUCCUUAUGAUGAUAUGAAUAAGUUUUUUGAUAUCGCCAAGGAAUCUAUAAGCUUUGAUGUUAGUAAAAACCAAUUCGGUGACAAGAUUAGAGGUUUAAAGAAGAAGUAUUUUGGUAAACAGAAGAAGAAAAGUGUUGAAUCUGAUCAUGAUAAGAAAUGUUUGGAAUUGGCUAAGUCUAUUUGGGGACUUGGUGUUGUUGAAUCUCCUGUGAAAUCUAAGAAGAAGAAAGAUGAAUCUGUUGUUAAGGCUAAUGGGAAGGAGAAGAAGUUGGAGUCUUUGGUUGAAGAAGAUAAGGAAGUGGGGAUUCUUGGAGGAGAUUCGGAGUCGUCGAAUUGGUUUGACAAGUCUUUUUUGGUUCGGGUUGUUGCGAGUCUCGGUGUGGAUGAGUGUAUUGUGAAGUGGAAAUGGAGUAAGGUGUCAAUGGAUACUAAGAAGAGGAUCGAAGAGAAGAUGAAGCUUGUGGAGGCUAAGGAAUUUGAGUUGUUGUCGCAGAAAGUAGAUAUUUUGAAGGAGGUGACUUCGGUGAUUGCUGAAACUAUCUAAGAAGAAGUAAUUGGAUUGUUUAGGUUUAUUGGUUCUUUUGUCGCGGGUUUAAUGGAGAUGCAAUGCCUCUUUUGUUAUGGAGCUUAGGAUUUAUCUUUCUAUCUACGCUUAUGGUUUUUUGUCUUUUUGUUUCUUGUGUGAAAAUUAGCUAAGAAGAGGAAGACAAGUCGUGUAAAAAGCCUUUUGGUGGAUGGGUGUAAUGAACUUAGGACUUCGUA